AUGAAUAGGCGGGAGUCCACAGUGACCACGCGCCAGCGGCUCGAGACCGUUGACGACCUCACGACGCUCUCACCCGUCUCGGAGGACAUCAUCGUAGCAUGCAUCCGCGAACGGUUCAUGUCUGACAACAUCUAUACAAGGACCGGUACAUCUGCUCUUGUUGCCGUCAACCCGCACAAGUAUGUCUCCAGUAAUUCCGACGCUGUGUUGCACAAAUACGCGGCCGAGUAUCGUGACACCUCUCGGGGCAAGGAACUCUUACCGCCUCACAUCUUCCAACUCGCCAACAAUGCCUACUACCACAUGCGAAGGACAAACCAAGACCAGUCCAUUCUACUCAGUGGAGAGACGGGCAGUGGGAAAUCGGAGAACCGGCGAUUGGCCAUCAAAACACUGCUCGAACUGAGUGUUAGCCAGCCAGGGAAAAAGGGCUCCAAGCUCGCCCACCAGGUCCCUGCCGCAGAGUUCGUCCUGGAGGCGUUCGGAAAUUCACGCACGCUAUUCAAUCCCAAUGCGUCACGUUUCGGCAAGUAUACCGAGCUCCAGUUCACCGACCGUGGCCGUCUCAGUGGUAUGAAAACUCUGGACUACUACUUGGAGCGCAACAGGGUCUCUGGCGCGCCGUCUGGCGAGCGUAAUUUUCACAUCUUUUACUACCUCGUCUCUGGCGCAUCUGCUGAGGAGCGGCAGCACCUACACCUGCAGGAGAAAACGACGUAUCGGUAUCUUGGUCAGCGCAACGCGGGCGCUCGUGGGGAUGCCGGGCGGAAUGAGGACGCCGUGCGGUUCGAUCAGCUAAAAGUAGCACUGAAGAACGUAGGAUUCUCAAAGCGGCAUGUUGCGCAGACGUGCCAGCUACUCGCGGCCAUUCUUCACCUCGGCAACCUCGAGUUUACGAUUGAUCGGGCACGAAACGAAGAUGCGGCCGUCGUCAGGAACACUGACAUUCUCGAGAUCGUGGCGGAUUUCCUCGGCGUCCAGCCUGCUGCUCUCGAGGCGGCGCUAUCAUAUCGCACGAAGCUCGUCAAGAAGGAGCUUUGCACGGUGUUCCUUGAUCCUGACGGUGCCUCGGACAACCGAGACGAGCUCGCAAAGUCGCUUUACGCGCUGCUCUUUGCUUGGCUGAACGAGCAUAUCAAUCAGCGACUGUGCCGUGACGAUUUUAACACGUUUAUCGGUCUUUUCGACCUCCCAGGCCCACAGAACCUCACCAGUCGACCCAACUCGCUCGACCAGUUCUGCAUCAACUUCGCCAAUGAGCGGCUGCAGAACUUCAUCCAGAAGCGGCUGUUCGAGAGCCAUGCCAGCGAGUACGCGAACGAGGGUAUAUCCCGUUUCGUCCCUCAGAUCCCGUACUUCGACAAUUCCGAGUGCCUGCGCCUUCUCCAAAACAAGCCUGGCGGUCUGAUUCACAUCAUGGAUGACCAAGCACGCCGGAUACCCCGAAAGAACGACCAUACCAUGGUGGAGUCGUUCACCAAGCGCUGGGGAAACCAUUCCUCGUUCAAGUCGGGCGGCAUGGAUCGCUCGGGAUUCCCUACUUUCACCGUGAACCAUUUCGGCGGCCCCGUCACGUACUCUGCUGAGAGUUUCCUCGAACGCAAUCUCGACGCCCUUAACCCCGACUUCGUCUCGUUGCUGCGCGGUACAAGUGCGACUCCUGAUGCACCCCCUGCCGAUGGUUCAGGCUCCACAAAUCCAUUUGUACGUGGCCUGUAUUCCGCCAAGGCGAUCGCGACGCAAGCGCAUCCUCGCGAUGAGGAAACCAUCGUCGCUGCGCAGCAGCCCGUCAAGCCGAUGCGUGCCCCCUCUACGCGGAGGAAGGGUACCCUCAAGCGCAUGCCGACCGUUAACGAGCAUGGAGAGGUUGACGAGAAGGAGAAGGAGGACGAGGAGCCCCUUGGCACCGCUGUUGCCGCGAUUGGCCCUCCGUGCGUCGGCGGCGAGUUCCGUGCAGCGCUGGAUACCCUCUUUGAGACACUCGAAGAGACACAGUCGUGGUAUGUGUUCUGCAUUAACCCGAACGAUUCGCAGCUGCCCAAUCAGCUGGAGGGCCGCUCGGUCAAGGGGCAGGUCAGGAGCAUUGGGCUCGCGGAGAUCGCACGCAGGAACAUCAACGUCUUCGAGGCCAACAUGACGCAGGACGAGUUUGUCGACCGGUACAAGGCGCAGUUCACAUCGCUCAACGUUGUUGAGGGUGAUACCAGGGAGCAGAUUGAACAGGCGAGGACAGCACUGGGUUUGGAAGAGAAAGAUGUCGUUCUCGGGACAAACAAGGUUUUCCUCUCGCAAGCCGCGUUUCACGCUUUUGAAGAUGAUCUGCGCUCCAAGGACACCGAGGAGCAAAAGCGGAACAGGUUACGUGAUGCGGAGGCGGAGGCUGGGCUCGAUCCUCGAGGCAUCGGUGACCCGUACGCCCCGUACCAGACACCAGGCGCGGAGUCGCCCUACGAGGGUGGCUACAAUGAUCCCUUCGGGCAGUCCAACCAGGCCCUUCCUCUCGUUAACAAUGCCGCUCCCUUCCAGCGCGCCGACCUUUACGAUGAGUACGAUGAACGCAAGUCUCUCCGCAGUGAUGACUUUGAUGGGCGCAGCGCCUACACGAGCCACCGAGACAACGAGUCGGUAUCCAACUUCACCGAGUCAUAUGCUCCUUCGCGCAACAUGUUCCAGGACGCCGACAAGAAGGGUCUUCUCGAGAAAGAGCCAAUCGCCGGCGAGAUCCAAGAUGGAGAGACGGCUGAAAUCCUCAAGGAAACCCCGCUUCGUCGACGAUGGGUCAUGCUGUGUUGGGUCCUCACGUUCUGGGUGCCUACACCUCUGUUGGCAUGGGCUGGCCGCAUCAAGCGUCCCGACGUCCAACAGGCGUGGAGGGAAAAGCUCGCGAUCAACAUGCUCAUCUGGUUCGUUUGUGGUUGUGUGAUAUUCAUCAUUGCGAUCUUCGGCCCUCUCAUCUGCCCGACUCAACAUGUCUUCAACACGAAUGAGCUGGAGACGCACUCGUACAAGAAUAACCCGAACAAUGCCUACGUCGCAAUCCAUGGAGAGGUCUUUGACCUGACGACGGCGGCUCAAACGCACGAAGUCAUCGUACCAGUUAUCCCGUCCAAGUCCAUCCUGGCAUAUGCAGGGACAACGGCCGACGCUCUCUUCCCGCUCCAAGUCAGUGCGUUGUGCAACGGUGUCACCGGCUCUGUCAACCCCUACGUCGUUUUCGACUCUGGGAAUAACACAGAUGUAAACGCGCAGUACCACGACUUCCGUGCUUGGACGAAUGACCCGCGUCCGGACUGGUACUUCGAAUCCAUGGUGCAGAUGCGGUGGAACAACCGUGUCGGUUGGAUAGGCUACACUAUGAAGGACUUGUCCAGUAUGGCAAGCUCAGGCAAAUCCGUCGGAGUGUAUGAUGGAAUCAUCUACGAUCUAUCCAAGUACAUCAGCGACGGCCCGUCCACUGCGCCUCUGGUCAACGAGAUCCUCCCUACUGAUAUCGACACCCACUUCAUGGACCAAAGCAUCGUUUCAGUCUUCGAGUACAACUCUGGGCAGGACGUCACGAAAAAGAUCGACUCGCUUCCUCUUGACUCGAAAGUCCUCGCUUGGCAGAAGACCUGUCUUCGGAACCUCUUCGCUGUUGGCAUGGUCGAUACGCGCGACUCUCCGAAGUGCCAGUUCGCCACGUACAUUCUCCUGGCCCUGUCUAUCAUGAUGGUCAGUGUCAUCGGCUUCAAGUUCAUUGCAUCUAUCAACUUCGGUUCCGCUCGCGCCCCUGAGGACCACGAUAAGUUCGUCAUCUGUCAGGUCCCUUGUUACACAGAAGGACAAUCCUCCCUCAAGAAGACUAUUGAUUCCCUGGCGCAGAUGAAGUACGAUGACAAGCGCAAGCUUCUGCUCAUUGUGUGCGAUGGUAUGGUCGUCGGAUCCGGUAACGAUCAGCCGACACCUCGUAUUGUGCUGGACGUCCUGGGCGCAAGUCCAAACAUUGAUGCGGAGCCCCUCAGCUUCCUUUCCCUUGGUGAAGGCGUCAAACAGCACAACAUGGGCAAGGUCUACUCUGGACUAUAUGAAACUGCGGGCCAUGUCGUUCCUUACCUCGUAGUUGUCAAAUGCGGAAAGCCUGGAGAGAAACAGAGACCGGGUAACCGUGGCAAGCGUGACACGCAGAUGUUGAUCAUGCGUUUCUUGAACAAGGUUCACUUCAAUUCGCCAAUGAACCCCUUGGAACUGGAGAUGUAUCACCAGAUUAAGAAUGUCAUCGGCGUGAACCCUUCGUUCUAUGAGUACAUUUUCAUGGUCGACGCCGAUACCACGGUCCAUCCUGUCUCUCUCAAUCGUCUCGUCUCUGCUAUGGUCCACGACAAGAAAAUCAUUGGUGUUUGCGGAGAGACUGAGCUGGCAAAUGCGAAGCAGUCUUUGAUCACCAUGAUGCAGGUCUACGAGUAUUUCAUCUCUCACCACAUGGCGAAGGCAUUCGAAAGUCUCUUCGGUUCCGUCAGUUGUCUUCCCGGUUGCUUCACGCUAUAUCGUCUGCGCACUCCGGACACGCACAAGCCCCUCUUUAUCUCCAACCAGAUCAUCGAUGACUAUUCCGAGAACCGAGUGGACACUCUACACAUGAAGAACUUGCUCCAUCUGGGUGAAGAUCGGUAUCUGACGACGAUCGUGCUGAAGUACUUCUCGCACUACAAGACAAUGUUCGUUCGAGAUGCACACGCAUACACAGUCGCACCCGACGACUGGAAGGUCUUGUUAUCUCAGCGUCGGCGUUGGAUCAACUCCACUGUGCACAAUCUGGGUGAACUCGUCUUCCUAGACCAGCUUUGCGGUUUCUGCUGUUUCUCGAUGCGUUUUGUCGUCAUGAUUGACCUUGUGUCCACGCUGAUCCAGCCCGUCACUGUCGGCUACAUCGCCUACCUCAUCUACAGAGCUGUUGCCCUGAAGGAGGCAAUCCCGACCAUCUCCAUCAUCAUGAUAGCCGCCGUCUACGGUUUGCAAGCCUUGGUGUUUGUCUUGCGCGCGAAGUGGGACAUGAUUGGCUGGAUGGUCUUCUACAUCCUGGCUAUCCCGUUGUUCUCUUUGGUUCUUCCCCUCUACUCUUUCUGGAAGAUGGACGACUUCUCAUGGGGUUCUACGCGUGUCGUGUUGGGAGAAUCUGGCAAGAAGAUUGUCGUGCACGAUGAGGGCAAAUUUGACCCUCGCUCGAUCCCGCUCAAGUCUUGGAAUGAUUACGAAAACGAACUCUGGGACAAGGAGUCGAACCACAGCAUUGGAUCGUGGGUCCCUCCUACCAAGAUGUUCCACGAUGGAUAUGCGGAGAGCCACACUGCGUCUAUCUACGGCCGAGAGACACUCUAUGAACCUGCCAUGUCUCGAGCGUACUCGCCUUCUCCACCGCAGGCGCACAUGAUGUACCCGCCGCCAGGGUAUCAAUCGGGGCGGAACACUCCCACCAUGUCGAUGGUAGGAUACCCCUCACCUGGAAUGGUGUAUCAGCCCACGCCCUCGCGCCCUGCGAGCAACUUCAUCGACGCGCAGCGCCCGUCGAGCAACUACAUCGACGUGCAGAUCCCGACGACACGAAGUCCCGAGGACAUGGAUUUCUCACCAAGCGGGCCUUCGGACACGGAGAUCGACCGGGCGGUCGAGGACGUCCUGCAGAAUGCAGAUCUCGCGACGACGACGAAGCGUGAGAUCCGGGGCAAGCUGGAGCAGCGCUUCGGUAUGGAUUUGUCGGCGCGCAAGCGUGUCAUCAACGAGGCGAUUGACCGAGUGCUGCUCAGCCGCGCGUCGUGA